AUGAAAGGACUCUGGUUGCUACUCUGAGCUCAGCCAGACCCUGUAUUUGAACGAGACAUCCUGACGCAGUGUCAGGGCCAGAACAACGCAGCACUGUCCCUGGUGAAGCUCUACAAAGACAAAGAAUUCCUCCACUUCUGUAAGGACAAUCAGCCCUCCAUGGGGACAGCAACAGUGAAAAGCAAUGGCCAUUACAGCCACACUGGGCAAGUGAUGUAUAUCCCACAGGUGGAUGGAGAAACAUCAGGGACUGCGAUGGUUCAUGUCCAAGAUGAGCCACCUCCUCCUAUGCUGAACACUGUCCCCAUUCUUGCACCCUGUGAGAGAGGCCUGGUCACCCUGAGAUUUCAAACAAAGUUGCACCCCCAGAGGUCAGCCUCCCAGCUCCUCUUCUCCUUCCACUAUGGCCAGGCCUUGCAGGGCAGGUGCCUCAACCCAGAACUCUGGAUCCCAGGUGCCAAGCAGGGAGACUCUGGACUGUACUGGUACAAGGCGGCCACUGAGGGUAGCUGGGUCCAGAAACAUAGCCCCCAGCUGGAGAUCAGGGUACAUGUGCCUAUGUCUAGUCCCCUGCUCACCCUCCAAUCUGGGGCCACUGGCCCUGGGGGGGAUGUGGUGGAGCUCCUCUGUGAGGCCAAGAGGGGCCCGCCUCUCGUUCUAUACUGGUUCCACCUCAACAGGGAGAUUCUGGGGAACCAUUCAGCCCCCCUAGGGCAGAGCUCCUCCCUCCUCCUCCUGGUGAUGUCAGAGCAGGACUCCAGAAACAACUCCUGUGAGGUGGUGAACAGUGUCUCCAGAGUGAUGAGUGAGUCCAGGAAGCUCUCCCUGGACAGUUCUUGGGUCUUGUCCACCCCCACAAGCAGCACCUGGCUCAUUCCUUGGCUGCCUCCAAGCUUUGGUGUGAUGGUCAUCACUGCUGCACUUUUGGGUUAUUUCAGACCCUGGAGAAAAAAUCCAUCCCCAGCUCCAGGUGUAGAGCAGUGCCCACAGUAUACCGAUGGUAAGGACUUCCCCGCAGGACCAUGGUCUGACCACGAAGUGUAUCACCAGAGUGAGAAAGACAAAGGUGCUAUCUACUCUGUAGUGCAUACAAUCCCAAAAAGGAGUAAAACCACGUUUGCUGAGUCAACCUCAGGGGAGAGAAGAUCAAGCAAUGAAGUGGAAAAAGGGAUCGCCAAGCACACUUAG